AUGUCCCAUUCGCCCGACCCGCUGAGCAAACGCCCAUCCGAACCUGACCUCAAGCUCUACACUUCACAGCCUGCCCUCGCCGUUCCCGCCCUCAGCGACGCCGGUCGACCUCCGCCAGUCAAGUACAUGUCAACACCCGCAUACCAGAGCCCGCUACGACACCACACGCGCGCAGCCUCAUCCACCAGACGUGUAAAGGAAACGCUGAAUGCGCGGUCCGAAUACAGCAAUAGCGAAGAUGACGGCAGCGCCCAACAUCGCAUCAACCAAUAUUUGGUGAAACAGGAGAUUGGCCGCGGCUCAUUUGGUGCUGUUCACCUCGCUGUAGACCAGUAUGGUCAAGAAUAUGCUGUCAAGGAGUUCUCAAAAUCGCGACUGCGAAAACGGGCACAAUCCAACCUCCUCCGUCGGCCAGCGGCGAGUAAACGAAUGCGCGCGCUGCCAGCCGGCAUAGGCUUCAAUUCUCCGCUCCACCGACAUUCGACAACCGAAGAAAACAAUGCCUUUGAACUCAUCAAGGAAGAGAUCGCCAUCAUGAAGAAGCUGCACCAUCCGAACCUCGUCACAUUGAUCGAAGUGCUCGACGACCCUGAAGAGGAUUCGCUCUACAUGGUCAUGGAGAUGUGCAAGAAAGGUGUUGUUAUGCAAGUCGGCCUCGAAGAGCGUGCCGACCCCUACAGCGAGGAGCAAUGUCGGUGUUGGUUCAGAGAUAUGAUAUUGGGUUUAGAGUACCUACAUGCCCAGGGCAUCAUCCAUCGAGACAUCAAGCCUGACAAUUGCCUGGUCACCGAAGAGGAUGUGCUGAAAAUUGUCGAUUUUGGUGUUUCGGAAAUGUUCGACAAAGAAGGCGAGAUGAAGACGGCCAAGUCUGCUGGCUCACCUGCUUUUAUGCCACCGGAACUGUGCGUGGCCAAACACGGCCAGGUCUCAGGAAGAGCUGCGGAUAUAUGGUCAAUGGGAUGCACUCUAUACUGUCUCCUCUUUGGGCGGAUACCCUUUGAAAAACGCGGCAUGAUCGAGCUGUACCAAUCGAUACGAAUGGACUCACUGGAGUUUGAAACAGAAUGCGGUGACGACAUCAAAGAUUUGCUAAUGAGGCUUUUGGAGAAAGAUCCAAAGAAAAGGAUAACCAUGGAGGCAAUCAGGGAACACCCAUGGGUCACACGAAACGGAACGGACCCUUUAUUAGCAAAGUCUGAGAAUGUCGCUGUGAUUAUUGAACCACCUACAGACGAGGAAGUCAACGCUGCCAUUACCGGCAACAUGGGCCACCUUGUGACAGUGGUACGUGCAGUAAAGCGCUUCAAGCAACUAUUGUUCAGGCGACGACCAGACCGGAUAGAAAGUAUACUAGGAAGUGCCUCGCGCAUUGUGCAGCCUCCCUUGUCUAUGCGGCCAUCAGCGUUGCGCAAAUCAAAAUCACAGGACACACAUGACCGGCGGCCAGUCGAGGCUGCACUUUCCGCGGAGGGGGUGCACCACCCCAUCAAGGUUGACGACAAAGGACAAAGAGUGCCGAACAAUAUGGACGACAUGGCAUAUUCCAAACCUGGUUUCCGUACAGAAGCAGGAAAGCGCCCCAGUAGACUCACUGCCACCAGCAGUCCGACUAUGCAAACCUCUCCGGGCUUUUCAGAGGGCAAGAUUUCACGCGAAAAUCUGGCAAUCCGACCUGGUCCAAUUCAAUCCAUCUCCAGCCCAACAGGAACCAUUCCGUCGGCAUCUUCACCAACCACGCCCAUUGGUAAAGGACAGGCACAUAACCCGUUGGAGGACACGCUCUUCCUCAACAUUGGAACCGGCGAGAACUUUCAGCCGGCGCCUGAAGAAGGAUGUGUAGUUUCCGAAUCUCCGUCUAAUGUGGAUAUCAAUGUCUACGAAGCCGCUUAUGAAGAAGAGGUCCAGCGCAUCAUUGCACAGCGUCGUGAUCAGCAUAACAACGCAAACCGCCGUCCAACUCUCUACCUUACCCGACGCGUUGAGAAUGUCAAGUCGAUCCGUGAUAGCGAUGCGAUAUUUGACGAAGGCCAAGAUCUCCGCCAGAACAUCAAGGUCAGUCUGAAGAGUUUUGUUACCAAGACCAAGGAAGAUAUUGAGGCACGAGGCGAGCUGCAGAAGCUUCAAGAAGGUAAGGAGGGCAAGCUCAGCAGAACGAUGCGUAACGUGAGAGAAGCGAAGCGGCUUGUUGAAGAGGCGCGAGAACGGGUCAAGACGGAAGAGCGGGAGCGAGAGAGGGAGCGAAGUCGGAGCGCAACGCCUCUUGCUCGAAACAACAGCUCUGGCAAUGCGGUCAGCCGCAGUGGGACUCCAAUUCAGAGCUGA